UUGAGUGGCUGACAUACAAAUCCGAUUAAAUUCUUCAUUUGGCGGCUUCCAUUAGGCUGACCUGAUCAAACCCCUUCUCUAUUCCACAUCUUCACUGGAGGACAAGUCUCCAUCAUCUUCUCUGUAUACUUAAAAAAGUUAAGAAAAUCAAGGAGGAUGAAUUCUAUCAGUACUUAAUCUCCCCCCUGGCCGCAUUUUCGACAACUAGCUCCAACCUGAAAGAUGGUGGUGUUGAUGAAAAAGUGGUUUCUUCCACUUUGUUUCUUUACUUUAUUUUGCUUUCAGCCUCUACCAUGUGCUCAGUCUCAGCUUCCUCCCGACGCAGAACCUGCAAAAACAAAUAAUUUGCCUAUUGUGAUUGGAGUGGCCACUUCAGUGUUAUUCCUUGUUCUUUGUGUCUUGGGAUUCUUUUGUUGGAAACGACCCUCGAACAGUUUCAUCAUUGCCCUUUGGCAUGGUGGGAUUCCCCAGCAGGAAAAUUAUGGACGUAAAAACACAAGAGAACGAGAUCUUAAAGGGCUAGAUCUGCAAACAGGUACCUUCACUUACAGACAACUAAAAGCUGCCACUAACAAUUUUGAGUAUGCAAACAAGAUUGGAGAAGGCGGUUUUGGAUCUGUAUAUAAGGGUCAGCUAUCAGAUGGUACUUUUAUUGCCGUGAAGAUGCUUUCUUCUAAAUCAAGGCAAGGAAAUCGAGAGUUUGUGAAUGAGAUAGGGAUAAUUUCUGGUUUGCAACACCCAAAUCUUGUAAAGCUUUACGGAUGCUGUGUCGAGGGAGAUCAAUUAUUGCUGGUUUAUGAGUACAUGGAGAAUAACUGUCUUGCACGUGCACUUUUUGGUCCAGAAAUUACCUUGAAAUUGGACUGAACAACAAGACAGAAAAUAUGUAUUGGCAUAGCCAGAGGUCUAGCUUUUCUCCAUGAUGAAUCAACUCUUAAGAUAGUUCACAGAGACAUCAAAGCUACAAAUGUGCUACUAGACAAGGAAUUGAAUGCUAAGAUAUCGGAUUUUGGAUUAGCUAAGCUCAAAGAAGAAGAUAACACCCACAUUAGCACUAGAGUUGCUGGAACCAUAGGUUACAUGGCUCCAGAAUAUGCACUCUGGGGUCACCUGACCGAAAAAGCUGAUGUUUAUAGUUUUGGAGUUGUUGCUUUGGAAAUUGUCAGUGGGAUGAACAAUGCAAGUUAUAGAGCGAAAAAUGAGCGUGUUUGCCUUCUUGAUUGGGCUUUUGAUUUGCAACAAAAGAAGAACUUGUUGGAGAUAGUGGAUCCAAAGCUGGAGCAUGAUUUUAACAAGGAAGAGGCUGAAAGGAUGAUAAAAGUAGCUCUUUUAUGUUCCAAUGCAUCUCCAGAAUUGAGGCCUACAAUGUCAGAAGUGGUUAGUAUGCUUGAAGCACAAACCAUUUUUCAUGAAGUGAUCUCAGAUCCUAGCAUCUAUGGUGAUGACUUGCGAUUGAAAUCACUCAAAGGCCAUCUUCAACGGAUGAUGCAAGAGCAGAAUUCAAGUGGGGUUUCAUCCUCAGACUUUUUUUCCGAUAAAACAGGACUUGGUUCUUCCACCACGUCUGCUCAUGAUCUCUACCCAGUCAAUUCUGAAAGCAAAAGGAACCUUAUAGCAGAAAACGAUCUUUAUCCUGCCAAUUCAGAGGCCACAUAUCUAACCUUUAGUAAGAGUUCUUCGGUUUAGCAUCAAAGUUCUUGAGUUCAAUAAACAAAUAAUGAAUUAGAUAUGUAGAAUUUUUUUACUGAAAGUUGUUCUUUUUAAGCAUUGCUGUAAGUCAUAUUUCAACUGCAAUUCUGAACCGUUUAAGGCCAACCAUAUAUUACCCAUGUCAUCAACGAAGGUUUCUCUUCAGCUAGUUGUAAAAGAUAUAUUACAAUCUUUCUUUCUUUGUCUAAUUUUAGCAAAGCCAUGCCUACUCAAACUAGGCAUCUUUGUCCUUUUUCUUUGGGCAAUAAUAAAUC